CGCCUUCGGGGUGGCAUGAAGCAAGUGUUUCCGCGCCUCCUGAUUGUCGGAAAAGAGAGACCCCAAAGCUGGGUGCAGCCACUAAACACCGGCCACAGGCCCUGGGCCGCCGGGAGCGAGCGCGGCCGUCAGCCGGCUGCGGUGGCGUCGCGGCGCCUCCGGGUGCCGCUGUUGGCCGAGGAGGAGCGGCGCUGGAGCCGCAGCCGCAGCCGCAGCCGGAGCCGCAGCCGCAGCCGCCGCAGCGUCCUGCCCCCGCAGGCUGCUCGCUCGCACGGCGCCGGCCAGAGCGGCAGCGGCACGGGCAGCAGAGGCGAGAGGCGGCGCGGCGCGGGGAGCAGCGGCGUCCGAGCCGGCGCCGAGAUCGCUGCCCUCCGGCGGGCCCUGCGCUCGCUGCGGAGAGUGGCUGGAAGGGAGGCAGGGCAGCGGCAGGAGGGAGGAGCGCGGCGAGCGCUGCCCACAAUGGCGGGCAGGCAGAGGCAGAGGCAGAGCCGGCGGCGAGCAGCCGGGCGAGUGCUGCUGCCCGCUUUGCUGCUGGGCUUGUGCUGCCGGGCGGCGCCGGAGCGGGUCCGCUACGCCAUCCCCGAGGAGCUGGGCAGAGGCUCGCUGGUGGGGCCGCUGGCGCGGGACCUGGGGCUGAGCCCGGCCGACCUGCCGGCACGCCAGCUGCGGCUCAGCGCCGAGAAGCAGUACUUCGGCGUGAGCGGGGAGACCGGGAACCUCUACGUGAGCGAGAGGCUGGACCGGGAGGAGAUGUGCGGCGAGGCGGCGUCCUGCUCCGUCAGCUUCGAGGCGCUGGUGCAGAACCCGCUCAACGUUUUCCACGUCGAGGUGGCCAUCCAGGACAUCAACGACAACGCCCCGCGCUUCCUGCGAGACAGUUUCCAGCUGGAGAUCAACGAGUUGACUUCUCCCGGCACCCGGUUUUACUUGGGCACGGCCGAGGACGCAGACGUGGGCAGCAACUCGCUGCAGGGCUACGAGCUGGAGGCCAACGGGUACUUCGCGGUGGAGGUGAAGGAGAGCCAGGACGGCAGCAAGUUCGCGGAGCUGGUGCUGCGGCGCGCGCUGGACCGGGAGAGCGAGCAGAGCCUGCGGCUGGUGCUGACGGCGCUGGACGGCGGCGAGCCGCCCCGGAGCGGCACCGCCCAGCUCUGCAUCAACGUCACCGACGCCAACGACAACCCACCCGUGUUCGCGCAGGACCGCUACCGCGCCAGCCUGCGGGAAGACGCGCCGCCGGGCUCGAUGGUGCUGAACGUCUCCGCCUCCGACGCCGACGCCGGCACCAACGCCCGCAUCACCUACGGCUUCGGGGAAACGCCGGCCAAGGUGCUCCAGAAGUUCGUGGUGGACGCGGAGAGCGGGACGAUCACGCUGCAGGAGGCGCUGGACUUCGAGGACACGCGCGCGUUCAGCCUGGCCGUGGAGGCGAGGGACGGGGGGCGGCUGGUGGCGCACUGCGAAGUGGAGGUGGAGGUGCUGGACGUGAACGACAACGCGCCCGAGGUGACACUGACGUCGGUGUCGAGCCCGGUGCCCGAGGACGCGCCGGCCGGCACGGUGGUGGCCCUGGUGAAAGUGCGGGACCGGGACUCCGGGGAGAACGGGCAGGUGUCGUGCGAGCUGUCGGGCGAGGCGCCGCUGUCGAUCGUGGCGUCGUCGGGCGGCUCGUACAAGGUGGUGACGGCGAGCGCGCUGGACCGGGAGCAGGCGCCCGAGCACCGGGUGGCGGUGGUGGCCAGGGACCGGGGCAGCCCGGCGCUCUCCAGCCGCGCGGCGCUGGUGCUGGAGGUGUCGGACGUGAACGACAACGCGCCGGUGUUCGAGGAGGCCGCCUACAGCGCCUACGUGGCGGAGAACAACGCGGCGGGCGCGCCGGUGCUGCGCGUGCGCGCGCGGGACGCGGACGCGGGCGCCAACGGGCGCGUCAGCUACUGGCUGGCGGGCGGCAGCGCGGGCGCGGCGCCGUACGUGUCGGUGGAGGCGCGGAGCGGCGCGGUGUACGCGCAGCGCUCCUUCGACUACGAGCAGUGCCGCGAGUUCGCGGUGGCGGUGCGGGCGCAGGACGGCGGGGCGCCGGCGCGGAGCUCGACGGCGACGGUGCGCGUCUUCGUGCUGGACCGCAACGACAACGCGCCGCGGGUGCUGUGGCCGGCGGCGGGCGCGGGCGCGGGGGCGGGCGCGGGGGCGGGGGCGGGCGCGGGGGCGGCCCCGGCCGCGGCCCCGUUCGAGGUGGUGCCGCGGUCGGCCGAGGCCGGGUACCUGGUGGCCAAGGUGGUGGCGGUGGACGCGGACGCGGGGCGCAACGCGUGGCUGUCGUACGAGCUGGUGCAGGCGCCGGAGCCGGCGCUGUUCCGCGUGGGGCUGCACAGCGGCGAGGUGCGGACGGCGCGGGCCGUGUCGGAGAGGGACGCGGCGAAGCAGCGGCUGGUGGCCGUGGUGAAGGACCACGGGCAGCCGGCGCUGUCGGCCACGGCCACGCUGCACGUGGUGCUGGCCGAGAGCUUGCAGGAGGCGCUGCCGGAGCUGAGCGAGCGGGCGGCGGGCGCCGACUCGCCGGCGGAGCUGCAGUUCUACCUGGUGCUGGCGCUGGCGCUCCUCUCCGCCCUCUUCCUGCUGAGCGUGGCGCUGGCCGUGCUGGCGCGGGUGCGCCGGGCCGGGCCGCCCGCCGUCCUGCGCUGCCUGGGCGCGCAGCGCUUCUCCGUGGCCGGCGCCGCCUUCCCGGCCGACUUCUGCGAGGGCACCUUGCCCUACUCCUACAACCUGUGCGUGGCGCCGGGCCGCGCCGUCGCCGAGGGCGCUUGGCUGCCGCCGCCGCCGCCCAGCCUGGCCGCGGAGGAGCUUCUCGGCGCGGAGCCCUGCGGGAAGCGGAGCCCGACCAGCAGCGCCGGCGCGGGAGAGCCGCCCGCGGACGCCGAGGCCCCGCAGCAAGCUCAGCCUAACACAGACUGGCGCUUCUCUCAGACCCAGAGGCCUGGAACGAGUGGCUCCCAGAAUGGAGAGGAAGGUGGAGCCUGGCCGAACAACCAGUUUGACACGGAGAUGCUCCAAGCCAUGAUCCUGGCUUCAGCAAACGAAGCUGCUGAUGGCAACUCGACCCUGGGCGGCGGGACGGGCACCAUGGGGCUGAGCGCCCGCUAUGGCCCCCAGUUCACCCUGCAGCAUGUCCCCGAUUACCGGCAGAACGUCUACAUCCCGGGCAGCACCGCCACCCUCACCAACGCCGCUGGCAAGCGCGACGCCAAGAGCGCUGGUUCCUCGGGAGGCAACAAGAAGAAAUCCGGGAAGAAGGAGAAGAAGUAGAGAAGAAGAAGGAGACCUUAGAGCUACAGGGCAGCCGGCUCCAGCACUCCCCCAAACCACAGCCCAGGCCGGAGGACGAAUGUGAUUUUUUUUUUUUUUUUUUUUGUGAUGCAAAAAGUAGGAAAUGCUGCGAAUGUAUCUCAUCGUCAUCAGAGCUAGGAGCAGGGUCUCGCUGCUGUUAGAUCUCAUGAUGAAAACCAAUCCAGAAGCUAAACCGAACACAAACAAGUGCCCUGUGAAUACUUGCUAAUGUUUUAUACGAUCCCUCGGGUGUUAGAAUAUGCAAGGGUGGAAGGUCUUUUGCCACAUCUUUGGAUCCGAUUUGUUCCCAGAUAGUCCGAGAAAAGCACAAGGCUUGUGCUCGGCUUUGCCCAGUGUAAAUAACUUUAAUGCGGAUCUUUUAAUUUAUAGACCUUCAGUCAUUUUUUUUGAAAGGAAAAGGCAGUUCCUAGCUUAGAGCCCAUGCUCCAGAUCUUUGCUCUUAAACUUUCCAUUAGUAAAAUUCACCCUCAGUUAAUGAUAGCGAUGGAUUUGUUGCUGAGAAGUUGGUAGGGAGUGCUUCAGUUCCUGCUUACCUGUUACCCGGGAAAAAAAAGUAAGUGUUUAUAUUGCAUGAGUCAAAGGGAAUAUGGCAAAGCUGCAUCCUCAACAUUUUUUUUUUAAAAAGUGCAACCACCAAUGGCCUGAAAUAUGAGACAAAAAAAAACCCUCCUGAUGUCUGAGAGGUAGGGAAUUCAAUGAGGAGCAUGCCAAGGUGUGCAGCAGCUGCCCCAGCGGUUCUAGGGGUCUCCGAAGAGCAGACACAUCUCAUCCCUUCUUUGCAGUAAAUAUUUAUAUGUACAGUUAAUGUUCUUCUGGAAUUAAAGCUGAGAGAGUCUCGCUCCCCUGUGGCCAGGCAGCCAUCUGGCUGAGUUCCUGCCAAGGGCACCAGGGGAAGAUGCUUCACGUUUCUGCACACCGUGUCUGCAUGCAUGUCCUUCACCUCACACCUGCACUAGCGCAGUUAGCUCCACAGACCCAGAGAAGUCCUCGCAUGCCCACGCAGUGUGGUGUGAAUGCGCCGGCAGCUGCCCAAGCCUUUGCGCUGGGGCUGCCUUGGGGGAGGGUGGGGGGUGGGAUCAGUCAAGCGGGAUGGGGAAACUCAUUGCUUCUUAUUUGGGGUGUAGACCCCAAAUAAGGGUUAUUUGGGGUCUCACUCAAAGAGGUGAGAUCUGCGGAGCUGCUGGUGCGUGGCUUUGGUGCAGAGUUGGUGACUGAGUAAGUGACGGUUGGUUUGGUGGUGUUUGGGGACCAGAGCCAGAGAAGGUACCCGAGAGCUGGGGGUGAACGUGGGGUGAUGCUGCAGAGCUGGGAAGCCGGGGCAACAAGGGGGGAGGCGUCACAUGGGACCACGCCAGGCCAGCCUGGAGGAGGUGAUGCUCCUGCUGGCUUUGGGCUUUCCAACCCGUGGAUGGAAUCGAAGGAUGAGGAAUAGAAUUUCUCCACGUCACCAUCACCCUUGCACCAGGCCGGCUUCCCAUAUCAAAGCAGCUCUGAGUCCCCCCAGGAAGGCAGAGGGGGACUUUGUGUAGCCAGAGCGAGGAGAGGGGCUGCGGGGUGGCCAGGAAGCAGCCGCGCUGGGUUUCCCAGGGUGUGCGUGUUGUUUUUUCCCUUUUUAAUCACUAACACGUAACUCACCUGAGCAGAUCCAUCCCUCUCAGCCAGGCUCCGGCAUGGCAGCCAUCACCCCACCACCACCCCCUCCCCAAACCCAGCGCAGCAGGAGCAUCCACCGUGUUUCAUCCGGAUCCAGCCACCUCCGGCACUGGCUGCGCUGGGAGCGGUUCCCACCCUGUCCCCUGCAGCUGCCACCUGCCCCUCUCUAGAAAUGCUGUAGCUGAAUCGUAGUCUUUAUAUUUCUUUUUAAUCUGCAAUCUGAGGUAGCGUAGUGAGUGUCGUGUAUUUAGUGGCGUGUUAUUUUUAAUCUCGGUAACUAACUUGUGGACACCAGUAUUUUCAAUUUUCUCUGUAUCUUCUUUCCAUGUGGUCUGUGCUCCAAGUGUACGUGAAAUGAAACACGUUUGCCCUUUCAAUGUGUCUAAUAUUGAAUUAUACUAUAUAUUAUAUAUAUGCUUAUAUCCUUCUUAUACCCAUAUAGACCAACGUCGAUGUGUUACACGCAAGUUUUAUACUCUAAUAUUUAUAUUGCUUUUUUUCUUUGGGAAAAAAAAAAUAAUAAAAUGUUUUCUUCUGAAUAAA